UAUAUAAAAUCAUGAUUGAUUUCUUCUCUAAAUUUAGUUAAUGUUCCGGUGUGAGAAGAACACUAUCUAUUAUAAAUAGAGGAGAUUUGAGCAAGGCGCAAAUGCAAAAACAUAGAGAACAAUGAAGACUACAAUUUUAUUCAUCCUCACUUCCCUUGUCUAUGCCUUCAUCAUCACUGACCUUCCAUCAGCCUUAAUCUCACAACAUGCUAAACAAGUGAAGGACACAAAUGGAAACCCCAUUCUCCCUGGUAGCAGAUACCUCAUCUUGCCAGCUUUUCGUAGCGCAGAUGGUGGAGGAAUCAGUCUAGGCAGAACUACCGCAAACUCAGAGUGCCCCGUUACUAUACAACAAGACUAUUUUGAGGUUGUGACAGGUCUUCCAGUGAAAUUUAGCAUUGCGGGAGUGGAUAUAAGCACCGGUGCCAUCCUUACCGGCACUCCACUUGAUAUUGAAUUUGCGGAGAAGCCAGAGUGUGCCACAUCCUCCAAGUGGCAUUUUGAAGGUGAUGAUUUCCCUAGAGAAUGGGUUGAUAUUGGUGGUGUUCAUCAUGAGAACCGUAGUGUCUUGAAUGGUUCGUUUAAAAUUGAGAAAUAUUGUUUUGCAUACAAGCUUGUGUUCUGCCCCAUUUUUACUUCCCCACUUGGUCUUUGUUUUGAUAUUGGAAGGCAAGAUGAUGAUAACAAUGGAAGGCGUCUCAUCCUUACCGAAGAAGGUGAUCCUGCAUUUCGAGUUGUCUUCGUUCAUGCUGAUGUUGAUGAUGCUGCCAAUAGAAUUAGCUCCAUACUUUAAUUUCAAUGCACGCACUCACCCACCAAUACACAUGUUUGAUGUUGUUAUUAAAUAACUUGUUUCAUACCCUUUUUGUGUGCAUGGUUGGGAUCUGUGGAGCCAAUUUGAGUUCCGGUCCCUCAAAAAUAAGAAAAACUGGGUUUUAGUCCCUGAUCUGACACGCCUGCACUUAUGUCAGAUGCCAGGUCAAUUGUCAUCUUACU